AUGACACCCUUCCCCCAAGACAUCACAAAUCCUUCCUCACUCUCUACCUUCACCUUCCCCUUACGUCCCCGUCCCAAUGGGGGUAGUUCCAGUAGUGGUGGCUGUAGUGGUGGUGGGCAUUAUCACACUAUCAUCCAACAAUUCUCCGGCCUCACAAUCGGCGAGUACCAAACUCCACACGGAGACCGCCAUGUGGAAACCCGCCAUCAAGAGCAGCAAGUUGUCCAAACUACCACAACGACCACAACGACCACAUCGAGAACGACAGCCACGGGGCCCAGACACGAGAACAUGGACAGGGACAGGGACAGGGACAUACUUCUUAACCCUGUUUCUUCUUCUUCUGCCGUCAUGGGCCCGCAAUCCCCUAUUCACAACUGCAGUUCCAGUUCCAGUUCCUGUUCGGACUUUUCCACUGUGGCGUCCAAGACAGCGACGAGGGCGAGGACGAGCCGUCAUUCGCAACCUGCGUCAUCGAUCAGUAUAUCGGAGGUAUCCUCUGAGUCGGGGGCGACUGGAGGAGGACCUUCUCCGAAUCUGAAGAAAUAUUUGAGAACAAGAAGGGGCGCGAUUUCGGGGCCUAGUUGCCCUGGUCCCGCUCCCGGUCCUAGUCCUUUGAGUUUGGCUCUGAGUCCUCCAAGUCCGGCUUUGAGUUCAAGAUCAUCGUGGCGUUCGAGUAGUUCUAGACCUAGUCGUUCCAGAGCGUAUGGUGGGGAGCGGCUGUUGCUGCCUGCGCCUUCAAUGAGUUCUGGUUCUUUUACUUCCAGUGGUCUCGGUUCUGAGAUGAGUAGUGGUACUACCGGUAGCAGAGCUGGUGGCAGAACUGGUAACACUACUGGAGUUACUACUACCCGGUUGAGCGAAGCUCGACUUUUCCCUUUCUCUCUCAGGGGCUGGCCAGACCACAACCGUAACGGCUCCCAAAUCAUCACUGAUCCCACUGCAUUUUCCGACUCAUCAUCAGCUGUCUCCAAUGAAAGCAGUAGCAGUGUAAACACCGUCCAUCUGUUGGACUUGCACACAUCGCCGCCGCCGCCGCCGCCGUCGGCAUCCUUACGAACCAGUGCUAGUAGGCUAUCGCAAAACCCUCGUAUCAGGACCGGAGAGAUCACGCCGGAGGAUUCUAUCUCCCAGAUUGGAUCAUCUGCCUCUGCCUCCGCCUUACCCUCAACAAUACGGAGAAAUAGAGGACAACGAUCGUCGCUAAGCCUUCCGAUCCGGAACUUACCUCUACGGGGUGUCCGGUGCGUUUCUGCUACUGAGGUUGAAUUAUUGCCGCAUAUUCGUCUAGAAGAAGAGGACCGCUGGAUUUUACCAUCGAGUACACCUGGGAGGUUUGGGCCUCCGCCGCUUUCUGCAUUUGGAUCUGGGUCGUCGAGGGAUUCCUCUCUGAGGGGUUAUCGCCAAGUCGUUAUAGGAAGUAGCAGGUGUCCGUCUACCUAG